UCUUCAGACUGACCACUCUCUGGAGUUACAAAUACUUGAGACCCGGCACAAAGGGCCCUCAGCUUGGAAAAAAAAAUUUAAGGCUCUAUCACAGAGGAUCAUCAAACCUGAAAGCAGGAGCCUCUCUGAUAAAUCUGUCAGCGCUGAGCGGUUUGAUUCUUCAAUCAAGAACCAUGAAGUCCCGUCGACCCAGCUGCACUGACUCUGGAUCUGAGUCCUCGGAGCCGGACUCCAAGAGCCCAGAGAAGUAUGAAACUGCCACGAGGCGCCGGAUGGCUGCCAACGCCAGAGAGAGGAAGAGGAUGCAGGGUUUGAACACAGCCUUUGAUCGCUUACGUAAGGUGGUCCCACAGUGGGGCCAGGACAAGAAACUGUCCAAGUAUGAGACCCUGCAGAUGGCCCUCAGCUACAUCGUGGCCCUCAACCGGAUCCUGACAGACGCCAGGAGGCACACUGCUCCUCACAGGCAGUGGCUGGACCUGCAGUUUGACUGCGUGCAGCCUGAAAACUACUCCUGUCUCAUGAGGUACGACUCUGCUACCGGACAGGAGUACAUCCACUCAUCGCUCUCCUAUGAGUUUGACGGGCAUGAGGUGCAUGCAUAAACUGCUGACAUUGGGUAGAUAAUCAGUCAUGUUGUUGGAUGAGAAUGACAAUGUGGAUAUUUUUCCUCCAGUCUAGGAGCCAGUAAAUACAUUUGUAUUGCAUUAUUUUUAUUUUAUGCAAUGAUGACAAUCGGAGAGGCUUCUGUUUGAGUUUGAAGCCUUUCAUUUGUUUUUUUCUAGGAAACCCAGCAAUGUUGAGCAGAUUUUUUGUUCAAAGUAUAGCAAUGAAAGAACUGUAGUGUAAUUACAGACUAUUAGAUUGUACUGAGGAUACAGGCAAUGGUGUAUUUUUUUAUCAGUUAUUUUAAUAUGGCCCUAAAAAGCUGUGCAAUGUUCAAUGCAUUAUGCAAAAAUCACUGUGGUCUUUGAUGCAUAGCUGAUGUCCAGAUGUAACUAUUUUCUCAAGCUGUAAAUGCAUGUUUGUAGAUUUGAAAAACAGAUCUUAUUUUUCACAGACUUUUCAUUUUUUUAAUUAUAGUUUUUCAUCCAAAAUAAAAAUAAUUUUGUAUGAAA